GAUGGCAUUAGCAGCAUCAGUGAUAUAGCUGUGUCAGCCUCCUUGACUACUGGAUGUCUGUAAGCGCACAGAGGAAACUAUAUUUAAGAUCUGAUAUCUUGAGGGUAAUGACUCCAGCACUGACUGAAGGACAGAAUGGCUGCUAAUGCUUUCUUCGCUAGCCCAGAAGAUUUUGAAAGAUAGAUGGGUCUGUGAUGUACUUCUGUAAGACAGGAAAUGCAAUUUUUGGGGGUCUCUGGAAAUAGAAAGGUCAUGCAGCUUGGAACCGGUGAGACAUUACAGUCUCUAAGUCAUCAGAGAAAUGAUGAAGAGGCUGUUGUGGAUAGAGGUGGAACUCGCUCCAUUCUCAAAACACAUUUUGAAAAGGAAGAUCUAGAAGGCCAUCGAACAUUGUUCAUUGGAGUUCACGUGCCACUGGGUGGAAGAAAAAGUCACCGACGCCAUAGACACCGUGGACAUAAACACAGAAAGAGAGACAGAGAGCGAGAUUCAGGAUUAGAAGAUGGGAGAGAGUCUCCUCCUUUUGAUACCCCUUCACAAAGGGUGCAAUUUAUUCUUGGAACAGAAGAUGACGACGAGGAACACAUUCCUCAUGAUCUCUUUACUGAGCUUGAUGAAAUUUGUUGGCGUGAAGGAGAGGACGCAGAGUGGAGGGAGACAGCAAGGUGGUUGAAGUUUGAAGAAGAUGUAGAGGAUGGUGGAGAGAGGUGGAGUAAACCAUAUGUUGCCACACUGUCACUUCAUAGCUUGUUUGAGCUGAGAAGCUGUAUCCUGAAUGGCACAGUUCUUUUGGACAUGAGAGCAAACUCCAUAGAAGAAAUUGCAGAUAUGAUUCUGGACCAGCAGGUGGGUUCUGGGCAGCUCAGUGAGGAUGUUCGUCACAGAGUGCAUGAGGCAUUACUGAAACAGCAUCACCAUCAGAACCAAAAGAAGCUGAGCAACAGGAUCCCAAUUGUGAGAUCCUUUGCCGAUAUUGGAAAGAAGCAGUCUGAGCCCCAUUCCAUGGAUAAAAAUGCAGGUCAGAUUGUUUCCCCACAGUCUGCUCCAGCCUGCAUUGAAAACAAAAAUGAUGUGAGCAGAGAAAACAGCACCGUUGACUUUAGCAAGGUUGACCUACACUUUAUGAAAAAGAUACCACCUGGAGCUGAAGCAUCAAACAUCUUAGUUGGUGAAUUGGAGUUCCUGGACCGUGCAGUUGUUGCUUUUGUUAGGUUAUCUCCUGCAGUGCUGCUUACGGGACUAGCUGAAGUUCCGAUUCCAACAAGAUUUUUGUUUAUUCUUCUUGGACCACUGGGUAAAGGGCAACAAUACCAUGAGAUUGGAAGAUCAAUUGCAACACUAAUGACAGAUGAGGUGUUCCAUGAUGUUGCUUACAAAGCAAAAGACCGCAAUGACUUGGUCUCUGGGAUCGAUGAGUUUCUUGAUCAGGUUACUGUUCUUCCUCCUGGAGAGUGGGACCCAACAAUUCGAAUAGAACCACCUAAAAAUGUUCCCUCUCAGGAGAAGCGUAAGAUCCCAGGAGUGCCAAAUGGGACUGCAGCCCACGGGGACCCAGAACAACCUGGAGGGCACUCUGGACCAGAACUGCAACGCACUGGAAAAUUUUUUGGAGGAUUGAUUUUAGAUAUAAAAAGAAAAGCUCCCUUCUUCUGGAGUGACUUCAGGGAUGCUCUCAGUUUGCAGUGUCUGGCAUCAUUUUUGUUUCUCUACUGUGCUUGCAUGUCUCCUGUCAUCACAUUUGGUGGUCUGCUGGGAGAAGCAACUGAAGGUCGUAUAAGUGCAAUAGAAUCACUGUUUGGAGCAUCCAUGACUGGAAUUGCCUACUCUCUCUUUGGUGGACAGCCUCUCACUAUACUUGGCAGCACAGGACCAGUUUUAGUGUUUGAGAAGAUCCUAUUCAAAUUUUGCAAGUAA